CCUUCAAACGUGGCGUCGCGGGUCCUUCGCGCCUCGCCUGGGGUCAGCGCGCAAGGACGGGCGCUGGCGGGGUACCUGACAGCGAGCAGCUGGAGCCGGUCCUCGCGUACCGGCCCGCACUGCACCUCUAAUCCCUCAGCACCGGCUGGCUUUUGAGCCCUGACGUUCGGAAGUCCCUGAUUCGCAGCCUCCAGGACUGCAGCUCGAGGACAGACACCUAUCCCCCAUAGUCACGCUCUGCCCUGUGAGGUGCAGCGUUUGACAAGUCACCCUUUCCCCACACACCACUGCCACUCACGUCUGCGUUAACUUAGUUCUUAACUUCCUUCAGACCCUGUCCCCUCUGCCUCCAGAAGUGGUGUCUUCCUCCACCCCACCCCCCGCCGGUUCCCGUAAAAACUGAGAGGAGUUUCGGAGAUCCUCCGGAAAUUACUUCUAAGACUGAGCACCCAUUUGAUACCCCAAACAAGUUCAUGCUUACUAGAGAGUUUGUGGGCAAAGUGAAACCCAGUGCACACAGAAAACUAUGGCUGAGCACGGGGCUCACAUCACAACUGCUUCUGGGGUGGAUGACCAGCCAUCCAUCUUUGAGGUGGUAGCACAGGACAGUUUAAUGACAGCAGUGAGACCUGCUCUUCAGCAUGUGGUCAAGGUUCUUGCAGAAUCAAAUCCCGCCCACUAUGGCUUCUUUUGGAGGUGGUUUGAUGAAAUCUUUACCCUCCUAGAUCUUCUGCUCCAGCAGCAUUAUCUGUCUAAAACCAGUGCCUCAUUUUCUGAAAACUUUUAUGGCUUAAAGCGGAUUGUAACAGGGGACACACACAAGCUUCAGAGACUGGCCAGUGCUGGUCUCCCAAAGCAGCAGCUUUGGAAGUCAAUUAUGUUCCUGGUUCUUCUUCCCUAUCUGAAAGUGAAGCUGGAGAAGCUGGUUUCUAGCCUCAGAGAAGAGGAUGAAUAUUCUAUCCAUCCCCCUUCUUCCCGCUGGAAACAAUUUUACAGAGCAUUCCUGGCAGCCUACCCAUUUGUUAACAUGGCCUGGGAAGGCUGGUUUCUUGUACAACAACUUCGAUACAUCCUAGGAAAAGCUCAGCAUCACUCACCACUAUUAAGUCUGGCUGGAGUUCGGCUAGGCCGACUUACAGUUCAGGAUAUACAAGCUCUGGAGCUCAAAGCAGCUGAAGCCAACAUGAUGCAGCAGCCAGCCAGGAGUGUUACUGAGAAGAUAAAGUCAACUCUGAAAAAAGCUAUGGGGGGUGUUGCCUUAUCCCUCUCUACUGGCCUUUCUGUCGGUGUAUUCUUCUUGCAGUUCCUUGAGUGGUGGUACUCAUCUGAAAAUCAAGAAACCAUCAAAUCGCUGACUGCCUUGCCUACUCCACCACCACCUGUACACCUAGACUACAAUUCUGAUUCUCCCCUGUUACCCAAAAUUAAGACUGUGUGCCCACUGUGUCGUAAAACCCGAGUGAAUGAUACUGUUCUUGCCACUUCUGGCUAUGUGUUUUGCUAUCGCUGUGUGUUUCAUUAUGUGAGGACUCACCAAGCUUGUCCCAUCACAGGUUAUCCAACAGAAGUACAACAUCUAAUUAAACUGUACUCCCCUGAGAACUGAAAGGGAUUAGCAUCUUGUCUCAAAGCAAAAUUAUUGCACUAUAAGGCCACAGGACUGGUUUUCAGCAUGGUACACAGCGUUGUUUGAUACUUCUUAGUCUCAAUUCAUAAUUAUAUGAAUUUUAAACAACUAUGCGGAUUUCUUUUAAGUGACAUACCCAUUGAUCUUAACCUUCUAGCCUGUUCUCUAGACCCCAACUUAAAGCUAACUAAGCUGGUCAGAGUAGGAGAAUCGGGACUGGCAGGGGACGUGAGGGUCAAUGUGGGAGUGGAUAAAAGAGGAUAAAUAAUCAGUACUGAAGAUUUUCCUUAAUGAACAAAGAGGUAUAGAAGCUCUCAGGAAAAACCCAAGUUAGAUCUCAUAAAGUGGGUGGUAAAGUUGCCGGAAGCAGGCAGGCCUUUUCUUUAGAAAAGUGUUUAUCUGCUUAUAAGGAAGAGGUAUUAUCAGUUUGCAAACAAUGUGAAAAGUGGGCUUGCUCUUUAUAGAAACACUUUUGAAAAACAACAGUUCCUUCUAUAUACUGUGACCCAUUUGUUAUGUAACAUCUGCUGUAAUUUAUUAACUUU